GGCCCAGCCAUACUCCGUGGAUUAGGGCGGUAGUGGUGAUGAGCCAUCGCUGCCCUUGGUCAUCUUGGUGUCCGCCUGGUCGUCUUGUCCAGGUGAUGGUGGAUCUCCCACCAGGUACAUCAGGAGACAGUACGUCGGUGUGAGGUGCCUAUUUUUUGGAUCUAACGGUGCGUUCAACGAUCAAGAGAUGGUGGUGGUGGGGGAGCUACAACGUGGAGCUGAUGCAUGGAUGAUGAUCUUGGAGAUGGGGUACAGGCGGCUACAGGUGACUGUGGGGGAGCUGUCUUUGCAGUCGAAUGAGGAGCCAGAGGUCGAACGGCGAGUGAUUUCUCUGGCCGAUUGGCUCAAAGAUAUGACCGACGACAUGCUGGAGAUUAUCUGGGAGCUGGAGGAGGGGCCGGAUCCCCAGCUUGAAGCCUGCAUCGAUUGGAGGAGGGUAGAUGGCAUGAUGUCUUACUGCUAUGCCCUCUUCGAUGAGGGUUGCAACCUGCGCGAUAUGCUUGAGGAGCGGCUGGAGGGCGAUAAUGACAAGGACGAUGAGGACUUGUGACGAACCACUUCCCGAACCCGUGCUAUCUUUCGUACCCCUUUUUGCUUGUAUCAUACGAACCCCAUAAAAACCCCGUUUC